GCUCCAUCCACGACGAGCAACCACCGCACCGCCAACAUGUCGAGACCAUCCGUCACCGUCAUUGGCGCCGAUGGCGCCCCCAGCAAGGACACGAUUGCGCUGCCCGAGGUCUUCAAGGCCCCGAUCCGCCCGGACAUCGUCCACCAGGUCCACACGGGAAUGGCCAAGAACAAGCGACAGCCGUAUGCUGUUUCACCCAAGGCCGGCCACCAGACCAGCGCUGAAUCGUGGGGAACUGGCCGUGCUGUUGCCCGUAUUCCCCGUGUUAGCGGUGGAGGAACUCACCGCGCCGGUCAAGCCGCCUUUGGCAACAUGUGUCGCUCCGGACGCAUGUUCGCACCCACCAAGACCUGGCGCAAGUGGCACCAGAAGAUCAAUCUGGGACAGAAGCGAUUCGCUACGGCAUCUGCCCUCGCCGCGUCUUCGUCUGCCGCUCUCCUCCUGGCACGUGGACACAACAUCAGCCAAGUUCCCGAAGUCCCCCUCGUCAUCGCUAGCAGUGGAUUUGCUCCUACCAAGACUUCCGCUGCCGUUGCUCUGUUGAAGGCAGUUGGUGCUGGACCGGAUGUCGAGAAGGUCAAGAAGUCCCGCAAACUCAGGGCUGGUAAGGGAAAGCUACGUGGACGCCGCCACCAGCAGCGACGCGGCCCUCUUAUUGUGUACUCCCCAGAGGACGGCCCGGAGUUGGCUCGCUCAUUCCGCAACAUCCCUGGUGUUGAGACAUCGUCCGUCCACGCCCUCAACCUACUCCAGCUGGCACCUGGCGGACAUCUCGGCCGCUUCGUCAUCUGGACCUCCUCAGCUUUCUCCGCCCUCGACACCAUCUACGGCUCAACUACCGAAGCGUCGGCUCUGAAGAAGGACUUCCUCCUUCCAUCGGCGGUGAUGAAGAACCCCGACCUCAGCAAGAUCAUCAACUCGUCGGAAAUCCAGAGCGUGCUACGUCCUGUUCGUGGCGGCAAGAUUACCAAGCGCCCGAACGGACAGAAGAAGAACCCGCUCGUGAACAAGCAGAUCCAAUACCGUCUCAACCCGUACGCAGCAGCGUACUCCAAGGAGAAGCUUGGCCAGUUCAAGAAGGAGGAUACGAGCAAGCCGAAGCGCGUCAACGAGACUUACCACGGUCUUUUGCACGAGAACUAGGGGGUUGUUGGUGUCUGUUCGGAUUCGAGGUUCUUUGGGCUGGGACGGAUCAAUCGAUCCUUAGGUGUUUGUUCUAUGCAGUUCCCUAUCCAAGUAGGACUGUUUCAAGCUACCUAAAAGAAAUGAAUGCACUCUGUGCUGGACCAUUCUACACAUACAAUCAAUGCUGAUCGUGACUUGGAAACAUUGCUAGGAAUUUAAUUCUUAGGAUACUUUAUUUCUGUAUUAAUCCUACGGGUGUCCAAAUAUCUAACCGUGAUGCAUUUACAAGACGGGAACACAAACUUUCAAUCUGAUUAGUCGUAUAGUUCGCUAGGUCAAUCCUCAAGAUGCCUCGGACGGGUUCAGAAAAGAGUAUCCUUAUACAUGUUCCCUCCGACUCUAUGCCAUGUACUAUACAAUAUAAGC